CAGUAGAUUCCCAAACAAAGAAUAUAAACUAUUUUGUAUGAAUAAUAAUAAUUUGAGCGUGCUGAACAAUCGAUCGGCUUUGUGGCGAAUGUCAAUGGAGUAAUUAAACCAGAUCUUGAGGGUCUAUUUGAAACAGCUCAAAAGGAAAUUGCAGCAACGUCAGAUUAAAAUAUAUCACCAUUUUCAUUCACCAUAUUGUGGUCAAACAAAGACCUCCGAAUAAUUACGUUAUCCUUAGCAGUACCCUGGCAAGUACCUUAAAGUUUUCAUAAAUUGCUUAAGCAUAUAUGUUGUACAUUUAAUUGCGUUCAUACUACCUUUGCGAGUACUUUGAUUUUUGUUUAAAUACAUAAUCGUAGAUAAUGAUUUGCAUAUCUGACAUGACAUCGCCAUUAAGCAUUCAUUAAUUAAAUAAAUGUCUGUUCAAUAUUUCAGCUGAAUCUGGUGUCAUCGAAAAUCGGUUAUUAUAUUUAUUGAAUAGGAAAUGAAAUCUAACGCUUGUUAUUUGAUAUUAGGUUUAAUCACAUCCUCUAUAUUUCCGCCAAUAAAUUGUGAUUGAAAGAGAAAUUAAUAUCUAUUCAGUAAAAUGUUUGCUGAGUUCUUGUUUUUGUAGGUUUGCAAUUUGCGGUUCGUGGUUUUGUAUGGCUUUAGGAAUGGAGAGUUUUCCUGUUAACAUUUAUUUGACAAUAUUUCUUGUUAAUCUUGUUGACUUACCCUCCGUUUCUGUCACUGCUCCUCUUAUGAAUAGAUAUGGUAGAAAGAAAUAUUUUGUGUUUCUUACUGUGACUUCUGGUAUAUUCAGUGGAAUAUCAGGCGUUAUGCAACAUUAUGGAAACCUCAGCAGUCAUUCAGUUUACGUCACCACAAUAUCUUUAGUAUUAGCGCUCCUUGCGAAAAUGACACUGGCAACGGGUUAUUAUGCACUCAUUAUAUACACAACUGAACUGUAUCCUACAGUAGUAAGGGGAAUAGGAUAUGGAUUUUUGUCGACAAUUGGAAGAAUUGGCGCGAUUGUUUCCCCGGUUCUGAUUUAUCUGGAUGGAAUUUUACCUGGAACAAUGUAUUUUAUCUGUGGAGUGAUGAUUGUUCUGUCGACAGGCUGUGUACGACGUUUAACAGAAACAAAUGACGUAAUGUUACUUGACUCACUUUCAGAUCAGACAAGAACAUCUGAACAUAAAUGAAUAUAAAUCUGUAACGAGGUACAUUGUGCAAUUGCGAAAACAAGAAAAUAAUGUUUUUGAAC